UUGGAAAACCUACUAAUUUUAAGGUAGUAUUCUCAAGAAAGAUGCAUUUUAUACUGAAACACUAAUCUAAAUUAUGCAUAUAGCACCUUACUUCGGCAAGAGGACAAUUGAUUGUAGAUGAUCUGAAUGAAGACGAGGUAUGUCUUAGAUACGGCCAUUUCUUUAUUUAAUCAUUUUUUAAUAGGCUGCCUUGCUUGCCACUCAAAUGAUUGCUGUAGCCUCUUUAAUUAAACCUCUGGCCACACAUGAAGGUUUUCAAGAAAAGCCUAAAUCGCCGCCUAUGAUCCCGCCUAGAACUUCCUCAUAUAGCAACUCUAGCUAUCUACAAGAUUUCCCUACACCUCCUUUCAGACAAAAAAAGAUGCCUGUUUCUUCACUGAAAAAACCCAUGAAGACCGAAAUCAAAUAUGCUUCUAUCAACAAAUCAUCUGUAGGACGUACUAAGCGUGUGUAUCGCAAUAGCAACACGCUAAGACAAAAGAAAAACUAAAGACCAUAUCUAUCCCACUGCAAUUGGGAAAGAUCGAAACUUCUAUUUUUUCUGUUUGAUGUGAAUGAACUCCCCACCCCUUUCAUUGAUUAUCUUAUUUUACAUAUGUACAUAUAUAUAUAUUUAUUAUGUAUAGCUUCCCCUUCUUAUACAAUAAUUUCUAAUGUUCUACUCUAAUAUUAAAGUAUUUAUUAGUGUCAUUACUACUAUUACUACCUCAUUCUUUGACAUUUUUGUAUACGUG